GAAUUACAAAGUCUUCCAUCAGGGAAGGAGUAUCACAUCUAGGCCCGCCACAGAUAAUUAAAAAAUUACCACCCAGAUCCGGAACGCAAAUUUCCGGAUUCAUGAUCGUAUAAAAAUUCCGUUCCCUAGAAAAGUCGUCCGGAAGGUGAAGUGUCUGGAUUAAUGGCGUCCGGAUUACCGAGGCAUUUUCAAACAAGCACAUCAAAAGAUGGCACAUUCCAAGUUCACUGCACCAAGAUUGGGAACACACAACCGUUUUUUAGAGUGCGACAUUAACGAAUGCGAGAGAAAUUGUCAAUUUUACUGCGAGUCUUGCCACCAGCAAAUGUGUGAACAAUGCAGAAACGAACAUCUGAAGAGUCCAGAGUACAAAAAUCAUGAAGUGGUUUUUUAUCAACAACGCAAAUGGCUUCUCCCUGUAGAAAAAUGUAAGACCCACCCCACUAAAGAUAUAGACAUGCUUUGUGAGGAAUGUAAAGUUCCAUUAUGUUCUAAGUGUGCAACACAGAAAAAUCAUAAGGGGCAUAACUUCAGUGAUCUGGAGGCAGUCUUUGCAGAAAAUAUGGUACUAUACCAUAGGGAAAUUUCUAAAAUCCUUAAAGAUCUCCUUCCCAUUUCACAAAAGCUACAGAAAGAAAUAAAAGGCGAUGCCAUACAUAUAAAGAGGACCAUGGACAUAUUGAAAACAGAGAUGAAGGCCAAUGGAGAGUCCCUCAAAAGAAUGGUAGACACGGUAGUGUCAGAAAAUAUCCAAGAAAUGGACAACACAGAAGAGUCAUUGCUGGAGAAAUUACAGAAUGAAGACACAGCAUUUAAUGAUUACAUUUCCUAUCUCCAUGACCUUGUCAAAGAGUUUCAUGACAAGCUAUCCUCUCCAACGCUCAUGAACUUAAUCCCCGACCCUUCUGAGAAGAUGCAGAAUAUUCAACCCAUUCCAGAAAGAACAACGUCUUUAACACCCGUUUUAAUUGCAGGUCAAUACUGUAAAAAUGAUGUUUCGGAAUUACUUGGAAAAAUAAAUGUACACGGAACAAAGGCAGAGAAACCUCCAGAAAGAACACAAUCUGCUACACCCGUGUUUACUGCCGGUCAAUACUGUAAACAGAAUGCUGCGGAAUUACUCAGGAAAAGCAAUAUACAAAGAACAAAGGCAGAAACAAGAGAAAUAAAGUCCAAGGAAAAACCGAAGGCACCUAAAAGUAAACCGAAGAAAGAGAACAGACGAAAGAUAUCUGAUUUGAACCAAACAUUGCCACUACCUUACUCUGACACCAAAAUAAGGUCAUUUAAUGUACCACUUGCAGGUACUACAUGUCAUAUAUCACUAGAUCAAUUAGGAAUGCUCUGGGUCAGUGAUUAUAAAGGUAACAUUGUCCAAACAGACCGAGAGGGAAACCACUUACAGAAGAUAAAAACCAGUGGUAGAUCGGGCUGCCACACAGUCACAUGUGGCGGGAAUCUAAUUUUUGCAAACGAGAAAAAUAAAGUCAUCAAUAUAAUGCUGGAUAAUAUCACAGAAUUCAUUAAAACAGGAAACUGGGAACCAAUCAGUGUACACUCUUCCCAAAUCAACGAUGACAUACUGGUAGGCAUGGUGAGGAAUGGAGAGGGUAAAGUCACCCGGUACAACAAGACAGGAAAAGAAUUACAGAAAAUACAGAGGGAUAGCAAAGGACAGAGACUGUUUACUUGCCCAUGGUAUAUCACAGAAAACAGCAAUGGUGAUGUCUGUGCAUCAGACAUUGAAAAACAAGCAGUAGUGGUGGUGAAUAAAUCAGGAGAAUACAACUUCUCCUACACAGGUCAGAGGUUUGGGUUUCUUCCUUAUGGAAUCUGUACUGAUGCUCUCCGUCACAUCCUGGUGUGUGAUAACGACAGUAACACUGUUGAUAUCCUCGAUCAAGACGGUCAGUUCUUGCUUGUAUUACUUACUCAACAACAAGGUGUAUAUGGUCCCCGUUGUCUUUGUGUGGAUAAUACCACACUUUUUGUUGGAAAUCUCAAAGUUACAGUGUACAAGUAUCUGAAGUGAUUUUUGUGAACAUCAUGGAUAUCUAUAUUAUAUGAAUAACAACACACCCACACAGUGAUAGUGUACAAGUAUCUCAAGUGAUUCUUACUUGCUGAACAUCAUGGAUAUUUAUAGUAUAUUGUUUCUUCCUUACCGUCUUAACAAUCUUUAUGUGGGGCAACUCACCGACUCAGUGACAGUGUACAAGUAUCUCACGUGAUUCUUACUUUGUGAACAUCGUGGAUAUCUAUAUAUAUUAUAGGAAUAACAACACACCAACAGGGUGACAGUGUACACAUAUCUCCAGUGAUUUUUAAUUUGCGAACAUCAUGGAUAUCUAUAUUAUAGGAAUAACAACACACCCACACAGUGACAGUGUACAAAUAUCUCCAGUGAUUUUUACUUUGCGAACAUCAUGGAUAUUUUUAUUAUAUAUACGUCUUUACAGGCUCUAUAAACCAGCACGGACCAUGGAUGCUAUUCCUUCCAAAUCAUGCCGCCAGUUCCUUAAGCUCAAAGUUACAAACAAAAGAAUAUAUGCCGUCAACAAAAGCAAAAUUCUUCGUCAUAAAAGGGUUCAGUCGUGUAUUCCAACUUAUUUCAAAUUCAAGUCUACACCCUGUAUUCCCUACGGCUAUACUUCUACAUUUGCAUCAGAACUUUUUAAUUAUAAACAAACUUUGCAGUGCCUAGAUAUAGACCAUCUUAUACGUUAUCCACCAACAUGUUCUUGUUCUUCAUCUUCUUUCAACUAUAGUCCAGCUGGACAUGUCAUUACUGGUGAUGUUGAUACAGUUGAAAAUGAGGACCUCAAAUCACUUAUUCUGACAGGUCCUAAAUACAGAGAACCUCGGUCUUUUAAUUGGCGACAGAACGUCAUCUCUAUUAUGAAUUAUGUCGAAGAUUAUGCCAGACGAUGGGCUAAAUAUGAAAAAGAAGAACUUGAUACAUUGUCAGAAUGUGUUAAAAGCAUAAAAUGGAAUAAUGGCAAUUUUGAUUGAUUUAAUAAAUUUUCAUACGUGCUUUUGUAAUCAUCAUAAAUAAAUCUUUCCUGUUUUUUUUUUUCAA